AUGCAGAGCCCCAGGACUGAGCAGACCCAGGGACUGCUGCCUCGGGACAGCCGGGCCUGGGAGAAGCCAAGCCACCCCACCUUCCCCAAGGACUGGGAGGCUGUGGAGGUCGGGGCCUCCAGCUGCGACAGCGAUGAGAAAGAUCUGUCCUCUCAAGAGACUGGGCUGUCUCAGGAAUGGAGCUCAGUGGAGGAAGAUGAUGAGUCGGAGGAUUCCCAGGGCUUUAUGGAGUGGUCCAAAGCUCCACAGCAAACAACCAUCGUGUUGGUAGUAUGUGUGCUGUUCCUGUUCUUGGUUUUAACUGGAAUGCCAAUGAUGCUCCAUAUUUAA